AUGGGUAUACAUGACGAAAAAGUAAUCUCCGUUGAACUAGGUGAUCAGCCUGGUGACAACAAAGACGACACUCUCCUUAAAGAACUUGGCUAUACUCCUGAGCUUAAACGCAAUUUUUCGGUUAUCCAAGUCUUUGGAAUUGCCUUUAGUAUUAUGAGUUUACUCCCCUCCAUUGCCUCAGUUCUUGUGUAUUCUCUGCCAGCAGGACCAGUUGGCAUGACUUGGGGCUGGCUUAUUGCCUCAUGCUUGAUUUUGACCGUUGGUAUGUCUAUGGCAGAAAUGGGUUCUGCCAUGCCUACUUCUGGUGGCCUUUACUGGUGGACAUACAAGUUUUCACCUCCAUCUGUCCGUAAGCCUCUAUGUUUCUUAGCUGGUUAUGCCAGUUCUCUUGGUCUUACUGGUGCUCUUGUGUCAAUUGAUUAUGGGUUUUCAGUUUUACUACUUUCAGUCCCUGCAAUUGCUACCGAUGGAGGAUAUAGUCCCACAAAGUACCACACAUAUGGCGUGUUUGCAGCUACAGUCAUUAGUCAUGGAAUUGCAGGUGCGCUUGCCUCUAAACUAGUGGCUAAAAUGCAAACUUUUUGUAUUAUUACAAAUGCUGUCGUUAUUGUGGUCACUAUGAUUGCUUUGCCUAUUGGUAAAGCAAGGAACGCUGGGGGUAUUAAUUCAGGUAAAUACGUUUUUAGCCAUAUGGAAAACUUUUAUACAUGGCCCCAAGGCUUCAGCUUUAUCCUCUCCUGGCUCUCACCAGUUUGGACAAUCUGUGCAUUUGAUUCAUGUGUUCAUAUGGCUGAAGAAGCUUCCAAUGCAUCUGUUGCAGUCCCCUUUGGUAUUGUUGGGUCUAUUUCAUUAUGUGGAAUCCUUGGUUUCUUCAUAAAUGCAGUUAUUGCAGCCUCCAUGGAUACAAACAUUGAAAAUCUUCUAGGUGCUUCAUCUGGUCAACCAAUGGCUCAAAUUCUUUAUGAUGCUUUAGGUAAGCGUUGGACUAUAGGAAUCAUGACUUGUCUGUUUGUAAUUCAAUGGUUUAUGGGAUUUUCUGUUGCUGUUGCAGGGUCUCGCCAAGUUUGGGCCUUUUCUCGCGAUGGUGCUCUUCCAUUUUCUCGUUGGCUUCGUGUCCUCAACGUCAAAUUACAAUCUCCUCUCCGUGCAAUGUGGUUUAUUUGCACAUUAGCUCUCAUCAUUGCCCUGCUUUCGUUAAUUGACACUGCGGCCACCAGUGCUCUUUUCUCGCUUGCCGUUGCAUCAAACUACCUCGCAUGGAUUAUCCCCAUUUUUAUGCGCGUGGUUUUCAAUGUCGAUACAUUUAAGCCAGGUCCCUUUUAUCUUGGUAGAAUUGGGUCUAAAGUUGUGGGAUCUAUUGCAACUAUUUUUGGCACGUUUGUCAUUGUGUGUUUAACAAUGUUCCCCCUUUCAGGACCAGAUCCUACAAAAGAUACAAUGAACUAUACAGCUGUUAUUAAUGGAACUGUAUGGCUAGGGUCGUUAGCAUAUUACUACAUUGAUGCAAGAAAGUGGUUCACUGGCCCAAAACAAACAUUAGAAGAACUGAAUCAGUUUAUUGAAAGUGAUGUUAUUGCGGAGAAUGAUUUGUCAAUAGAAAGCAGUCUUAAAAAGGAUUGA